AUGGUCAGAAUAGAUCUAUCUAUCUAUCUAUCUAUCUCAGGCUGUUCAUUAUCUAUCUAUCUAUCUGGUCCGACAUUUUCUCCAACAUCUGAGUUGGCCAAACCGUCUCCAUUAACUAUGCUAGCAGCUACCUGCAGCCGUCUCACCCCCGGCACCAUGGACAUAGCCCGUUCAGCAGCCCCGCUUCUUGGACACGGGGCGUGGCACUCUACUCGCCAUCCGUGUCCUCCUACCCAGCCUACUAUCACCGGCCCGAUGGGUACUACAUUUGAAGUUGAUGUUUCGGCCGUGGGACCGUCCGGACUUACGGUAGCGCAGGUACUCCGUGCUCCUCCAGGCCCACCACCUCACCCACCACCACCGGCUUUUAAUUACGACUUGCACCAGGCGAGACUCGCACAGCAGACUGUAAUGGCAGCCGGUCACGGCAUCUUACCUGGAAACAGUUUGGUACUUACAUCAAUGGCCCCAGGAAACAGUUUGACUUCGAGCGGUUCCCUGUCAGCUAACUCUGUGCCCAAACAAAUGUCACCACCUCCGGCUUCGGAAGCCGAAACCCCAUGGUGGAGCAUCCCCAACCCGCCCUCGUCAGCCAAUCUGCCAUCUGAUUUUAAAUACUCAUUUCAGUCAAAUAUUAUGCUGAACCAAUCGAAGGCAGCGGCUGCAAUCCGUUACCAUGGAAAUAUCACCACGAUCUUCAACAGUACCGGUGCCACCAGAGGUCCUACUUCAUCGGGGGUCAUUGCUGCCAGACGCUGUCGACGAUGUCGUUGCCCAAACUGCCAAAAUGCCCUUAAUUCACCCAAUUCACCCGGGUCCGGUUCAGGUAGCUCUGGUUCGGGUGGGAACAACGGCAGCGGAAGUGGCGUGCAAAAACGUAAGCAGCACAUCUGUCAUAUUCCAGGUUGUGGCAAGGUUUACGGCAAGACAUCACACCUGAAGGCGCAUUUGCGAUGGCACACGGGUGAGAGGCCAUUCGUCUGCAACUGGCUAUUUUGUGGCAAAAGUUUCACUCGCUCGGAUGAAUUGCAACGCCAUCUGCGAACUCACACGGGCGAGAAGAGAUUUGCAUGUACAGAGUGUGGCAAGCGUUUUAUGCGCAGUGAUCAUCUCAGCAAACACGUCAAGACUCAUGAGACAAAGAAAAACAAACUCCUCACCGGAAACAGCGGUAACGGAAGUGGUGCCUCUAGUGGUGGUCAUGUUGAUGAAUCUGCAGUUUUGGCAUCAGCGUCGUCGACUCGCGAGAUCGAAGAUGGCAGCAUAGACGUUGUGAUUAAUCCUGGUGAUGAGGGAAAUCUAUCCGAGGAUGAAGAUAUUGAUGUGGAGACAGAUUUCACGGAUACAUGCGAUCAGGUGCUUCUUGGAUCCCGAGAAUAA